AUGAAUAUAUUCCGUAUUACGGCCGAUUUGGCUCACGCCGUGGCUAUCGUCAUUCUCCUGCUCAAGAUAUGGAAGUCGCGCAGUUGCGAAGGAAUCUCUGGCCGGUCCCAGAUCCUCUUCGCCGUUACCUUCUUCACCAGAUACUUGGAUCUCUUCACUAGCUUCUACUCCCUCUACAACACCGUAAUGAAGGUUCUCUUCCUUGCUGGAUCCAUUGGAACCGUCUACCUCAUGUGGGUGAAGUUCAAGGCAACCUACGAUCGUAACAAUGACACCUUCCGCAUUGAGUUCUUGGUCAUCCCAAGCAUCAUUUUAGCUCUUAUCAUCAACCACGAGUUUAUGUUCAUGGAGGUUAUGUGGACCUUCUCGAUCUACCUGGAAGCCGUCGCCAUCAUGCCACAACUCUUUAUGCUCUCCCGUACCGGAAACGCCGAAACCAUCACUGCUCACUACCUCUUUGCCCUCGGAUCCUACAGAUUCCUCUACAUCUUCAACUGGGUCUACAGAUAUUACACCGAGAGCUUCUUUGACCCAAUCGCCGUUGUCGCCGGAAUCGUCCAGACCGUCCUUUACGCCGAUUUCUUCUACCUUUACAUCACCCGUGUCAUCCAAUCCAACCGCCAAUUCGAGAUGUCAGCCUAA